GGGGGAUUUACAGGGUGUGACUUAGAGUUGGCCGUUGUUACGCGGUUAAAUUCAUGGGGUAAUGAGGAGCUGGUGGAUUAAACUGGCUGAUACUCAUUCAGCUUGUGGCAACGUACUUCGUUACAUCCGUCGCUCAUCUAAUCUCUUUUCGAGUAUGAACCAGGAGAAGAAAAACAAGCUUUCGUCCCAAAUUUUGACAUCUGCCCCCCCUUGUGUUCCAAGACGGAGGAUACCAGUAUGAUCGACUCCUGAAACGCGGCUCGAAGCUUAGGUCAGAUGCUGACGCAACG